AUGACGAAUUAUCACGCUUGGGACUCCAAGGCAGAUGAACUUUGCCGCGAAGCGGACGAGCAGGAUAAAAGAGACGAAGCAGCCAACAACGAGGCUCUUGGACUUGCAAAUGGCCCGAAGGGUCCACCGACGGAGAAGGCCGAAAAAGAGCUACGUGAGCUGAAGGGCCAUUCCAAACAGAGAGACGAUUUCAUCGCUUGGAGCCAGAAGCGUGAGGUGUCAAUAUCACAUACGCAUGUGUCGGGCGAGGUGCAAUUGUCGGCUGCAGACUACAAAGGAAAAGCAGUUCGCAUCAAGAACAGCACUGGUGUUUCGUAUGUGGUGCCUGAAGACGUUGGAUUGCUCAAGCUCAUGGUGGACAAAUGCAGAGAUGUCAGCAUCCAUGUCCGAUCUUCUGUCGUUACGUCAACAGUGGAGCUGUACAAGUGCAGCCGGCUGGAGUUGUCCCUGGACCAGCCUUUGGGCACGUUGCAAGUGGACGAGUGUGAGGAACCUGUGGCAGUGAAGUAUGCUGAACGAGAUCAUGUAGGGAAAGCGUAUCACCAGAACUCGCCUGGCUUCAGCAUGUCCUGGGGCCUCUGUGGGACAGCAAGUUCCACAGUGGUUGGCCAAGCGGGAUCGUUCCAGCUUCUGACAUGCUUGGUAGACGCAGACCUUCGCACAGAGCCUGUGAGGCGUGGCGAGGGAGAGUUUCCACUAGACUUUGGCAGGGCGAGUCCAGCUUCUGACCAACCUGAGCCCGAGGCAGCUCCAGCUUCUGAGCAACGACGGCAAGAGGCUGAAAAGCACCGCCUGGGUGGCAACGACAUGUUCCGUGCGUCGGACUUCAGUCAG